AUGAUCGGCAACCUGAACAAGGCACAGAUCAGGGAACUCACCAAGCACCUCAAUGACUCGCUUUGGGAGAAGAAUGAAAUUCUCUCCGAGUGUAAACCCUCGGAUGUCAUAGUAAUUCCAAAGCCGGGCAAGAAGCCGUGUUUCCCAAAUGUCGGCGACUGGUACCUCAUGUACAGAAAUUAUUACUCUGACCCAAAUUUCGGAGGAACGGCGAAGUGCGUCAAGUACUCAAAGGAUGGCAAAUAUGAAAACUUCUCUGCACCAGCCAUUAUCACUUACGCAGGCCAAGGAGCAAUAACAGCCCAGCUUAAUCUCCGUUCUUCGGAAUGCUACGUAGCCAGGGACAAGUUCGUCUUCGUUCCAGAUGACCCAAACCUCUCCUCAAUAGCGUUCUAUCUCAUCUACACGGACUGCCUGACAUGCAGCGUUAUUAGACAUCGAUAUGCUGGCGACGGUUUCGGAUGCACUUAUUGGAGACGUGCGGAUGCGCUGAAAAAUCCAGACGACUGCUGCAAAUUCAUCUACGACGAGAAUUGCGGCUCGUCGCCGAAAUACCAGACCUGCGACUCAUCCUGCGGAAAAUAGUGUGUGCCUAAGGUGUGCCUAUUGCUCUAAGGAAACUAAACCGGUCUCCUUUUU